AUGGACGUUGCUGAUUUGCAAAAGGCCGCUGCAAGCCUUAAGGAGAUCAACCGCCAUGCAGAGGAACCAUUGUGUGAUGGAUCACUUUGGGGUUGCAUCAAUCCCAAAAUUUGUACGGAUGCUGCCCCAUGUGCAGUGAAGCCUGAGGCUGACCUGGCAAAGGGCUAUGCCGCAGACGUGGAUGCCUUGUCACAAAAGAUUGAGUCCUACAAAAAAAGCCAGGCCAUCGUGGAGUUGAGUACCAUCUCAUACGAGCUGAAAGACAUGGAGCAGUAUGACAAAGUCUUGGUUGAAAACAAAGGCGGCCCGCACCUCAAAAACAAGAUGGCUGAGUUGGCGGACAAAGUGGACAAGUCCCUGGAAACCCUUGCUGCUGCAAUGCCAAAGGAGAGUUCCUGCUCCAUGGUGGAGCUUCUGAAAGGCUUGAAUGAGGCAAAGUCCAAGGGAACAGGUGCCAUGGCUUCAUCUGAUGAUUCCAAAGCUUUUCUGAAAAAGGUCUUUCCAGAAAUCACAGAAGAUCAGCUGAAGACGAUUAUGGCUGACGCACACACGGAGGCAACGGAAAUGCAGGACUGUGAUAAAUCAUCCGCGCCGGCCCAGUGCCGAGAAGCGCUGCUGAAGAAGCAGGAUGACAAGUUCUUGAAGCAAGCCGAUACUGCUGCAGACAACCUUGCGGAGAAGGAGGUCUCAUUUGUCCACCUGGUCACGAAGCUUGGCGCAAAAGUCCCCCAUGACCAUCUUUCCGAGUUGAGUGAGAUGCAGAGGCGUGAAAACACUUGGGCCGCCCUGCAACUCGUGGAUAACCAGACAGCAUGGGAGGAGUUGAAGCAAGCAGCACGUCGACAUGAUGCGUCAUCAGCGCUUCAGAAUGGGGUAGCAUCAAGGGCACAGUCCCUGGAAUCGCAGUUGGAGGCGGGUACCAACCCCGUCGUUAUUGCCAUCAUCGUCAUCGUCAUCGCAGUCAUUGCUGUGCUGUUCAUGACAGCCGCGAUUCUGAUUCCCAUCCUCUUGAUCUUUCUUGGCCUUAUGGUGGUUGGCGCUAGUAAGUGUCUUCGCCGCUAA